UGGCAUUUCGUUCAAGCGACUUCCGGCGCCCGCUACCCUUGCCAGCUUCUGAGGCCUAAACCCCGAACCCGAACCCUAAGCGCUCGAUUUUCCUCUCUCUUGUACCGAUCGAUCGUUCUAGUUUUCAAGAUUCUGGGAUUUGAUCUCCUCCGAGGGAGAAUGGAGCUCGACGAGCACGAUUACCCGGAGAAAUCGGUGGAGAUCCGGAAGGAGAAAGAGCGCCGUGGCUCGCUGCGCGGCGGCGACAAUGAGAAGGACGGGGGCGGGGAAGAGAGGGCGUCGAGGCGGUCAAGGGCGGAGGAGCAACAGAAUGGCGAGAAGGUGGAUCGUGAGGAUCGGGAUCGCUCGCCGCGGCGCGAAAAGGAUCGGCACCGGAACAGCAGGAAGGUGGAGAGGGAGCACGACAAGGAUAGAGACCACCGGAGCCGAAAGUGGGAUCGGCGGGAAAGAGAUAAGGGGAAGGAGAAGGAGAGGGUCAGAGAUAGAAAGAGGGAAAGGGAGAAUGAGAGGGACAGAGAGAAAGAUAGGGAGAGAAGGAGGGAGAGGGAAAGGGAGAAGGAGAGGGAGAGCGAAAGGAGAAGCAGCAGCAGGUCGAGAAGGCACGAUAGAGAGGUUGAAACAAAGAUGGACAGGGCGAGGAGUAGAGAAAGGGCAUUGAGAGAAAGAGAACUCGAGAGAGACAUGAGGGAAAGAGAGAGCAAGAGGUUCAAGGAGAAAAAAGAAGUGGUGGAACCUGAAGAUGAUCCAGAAAGGGACCAGAGGACUGUUUUCGAGUCUCAGGUGAGGGAUGUGCACUUGAUGAUGGAUCAGAAUUCACAGUGUUCAAAGGAAGUAGGGGCAGAUAGCAUCAUGUCUCGAGGGAAACGAUUCAAAGAUGUAGAGUUCCAGCAUUCACAUAUUCCAACAGCUCGAGGUUGGUCAUUCGACACGACAGUCUCAGCAAUCUUGGACGGAAGAGCAUAGAAAGGAGGCUGUUGAGGUGGAGUUCUACGAGAUGACUCAUACUGAACGAGAUGACAGCUUUGUCCGGAAUGAGUCGAGAUACAAUGGAGAGGACUACAUCCCUUAGUCCCAAGCAUGUUAGUGUGUCGUCGUCAUCUUCAGAUAGUACUCGUGUUAAAGCCCAGAUAUAUGCUGCACUGAGGGGACCAAAGCAAUAUGGUCAAAUGAGGGGUCAUAAGGUUGAAGUCACCCACAGUCAGUCAUCUGUGAUGAGCAGAUAUAAUCAGGAUGCUAAACAGACUAGUACAACUGAAGAAAUUUGUAGGCUAAGCGAGGCAGAGGUAUCUUACAGAGAUACUUUCCUUGAGGCAGAUGUAUGAGACAGGAAUACAUGGCCUUAAGGCUUACUCUUAUCAUUACCUAGAAGCCACGAACUUGCCGAGAGAGGGGAUCAUAGAGGGUGGAGUCGAUUUCAUGGGAAAGAACUCAGUGAUGGAGAGCGGCGACGGUAGGGGCACCCGGCGUCGGCAAAGAGGGUGGGAUAGGUAUGUACUAGCAAAUAACGGAUGAGAUAGUGGUUGGGAUAGAGGAUGUGGAGAGGUAGCAGGGGAUGAGGUGGUGGGCAAUAGGCCAACACCAGGUGGACCAGUUAUUAUGUCAUUAACUCGAACAUAUACCACUUCAAUUCCUUUUUUUUUCCAAUUUUUAGAUAUAAUAACAUUAAAUUAAAAAAGAUUGGAUUGAUUGGUCAA